CAAUACCCCAUUUUCACUUGACUGACAGCAGUCGAAAAAGCAGCCAAGCUAGAGAGAGAAAAACGAGCACAGUUGUGAGAUAAAGUCGGAAAGAAAGAGAGAAUCGAGAGAUUUCAGCAAACGGGACUCGAUUAACCCGUGUGAGUGAAAUACUGAAGUGUUUCAAACCAAUCAAUCAUCAUGCCUAAAGGUUCCAAGAAGCGAAAAUCUGCCAAGAAGAAGAUGGAUAUUCAAUCUGAUUCUGCACGCCCAGUUGGUGAAGAGGAUGUGGUGAAGCACAAUGAAGAAAGAGACAACGAUGUUAGUGAGGUUAGCUCACCUGCAUCUCAGGACCACCAUAACCCUUCAACCGAGGUUAAGCUAGAAGAGAUUCAGAAGAAAGCUAACGAAAAACCCGUUCAGAUUGAAAGAGAGUUCAAGAUUGGGCACGAUGAGAUUGAAACAGGAAAAUCCCACAGUGGAGGAAGCUCGACUAGCAGUGGGAGCAGUUCGGAUGAUGAGGGUCAUGGUAACAACAAUGGUCUAGCUGCAGAGGAUGAUUCUUCUUUGGUUUCUGAUUCUGCUGAGCCUUUAUCCGGGAAAAAAACCGAGAAUAUUCAGAGUGUAAAUGUUGAGGAGGUGAAAAUUAUACCAUCUGUUCACUCGGAGAAAGUUCAGCAAUUGGAUGAUCAAGUGAAAGUUGCCUCUGUUGAAGAUAAAAUUGGUGCAUCGUUAAUAGAUCAAUCUAUUGAGAAGAUUUCUACUGAUUUUCCUCUUAAUGUUCUGAUAGAUACAGCUGCUAAAGAAUCAGGAAAUGAGAAAGGUUCUGCAGUGACUCAGGUCCUUUGCUUGCUGCCCCUGUUCCAUCUCCAGUGCAAAAGACAUCAUGGAAAAGUUGUUGUGGACUGUUUGAAGUGUUUUCAGGGUCUGGAAGAUAAAUUCAAAAAGGGGAUGUGAUUUGAUUUCAGUCGAGCUGCUGGAGAAGAAUUGAAUAGAGAAGCUUAUGAACAUAUACUUCAACCCAGGCAAAUUGGCUGAUUUCAUGGAGUUACCGUAUUUAUAUUUAGUUCGUUUUUAAUCGUAUUUGUUUUCUCUUCGAUUUAGCGGUGUGACUGUUAAAGAAUUCCUUGUGGAAUAUUAUGCAAUAGUCCCUUUAGAUUUGGUAAUGCUGCUCGAUAAAAAACCGAGAUUUCUUCUUCAAGUCUAUUAGUUCUAUCUUAUUAUAUACUUAAUCGUUUUCCAUUUUUCUGUUGUGUUUUCACAGUUCUCUGCAAAAGCAAUCAGAUUUUGU